UGAUUUUAAGUAUUUAAACCAAAAUCAGGCUCAAGUAUUUUAAAAAUGCUAGUCGCGGUUAUUGGCGCCGGUGCUGCAGGUCUCGCAUCUGCAAGACAUCUUUCAUCCCAAAAAAUCAAGUGUGAAGUGUUUGAAAUGACAGCUGAAUUAGGUGGUACUUGGGUUUACACCGAUAAGGUGGGAACGGACUGUUACGGGUAUCCCAUACACACAGCCAUGUAUAAAAAUUUAAGGAUAAAUUUGCCAAAGGAAGCCUCGGGUUUUCCAGAUUUUCCAAUUCCAGAAGAGGGUGAAUCUUAUGUGUCACAGGAAGUUGUUCUACGUUUCCUGAACGGUUAUGCGGAUCACUUUAAAUUAAGACAAUUUAUAAAAUUCAACCACGUAGUCGCUGAAAUUCGCCCAUUUGGCAAUAAGUGGGAAGUGAAAGCACUAAAUAAAAUCACCCAACAGACAACCAUAAAAGUUUAUGACAGUGUUAUGGUCUGUAACGGCCACUACAACUCACCGAUUUGUCCAACCUUGCAAGAGAUCAAAAAAUUCAAUGGGCGCAUCAUCCAUAGCUACAAUUAUCGAGCAAACACCCCGUAUAAAAAUCAAAGAGUAUUGAUAAUAGGUGGGGGACCAUCGGGCCUCGAUAUUGGUUCCCAAAUUUCAGAAGUGGCAAAACAAGUCGUAAUAAGUCACCGAAAAAAAUUACCAAAUGGUGAAUUUCCACCCAAUGUGAUAAAAAAGCCUGAAGUCCUCGAAGUCAACAACGAAGGACAGGUCGAGUUUGUUGAUGGGACUACUUUUGCGUUUGAUAGUAUUUUAUAUUGCACGGGAUAUAAGUACAACUUUUCCUUUCUCCAUGACGAUUGUAGGGUUACAGUUGAGGAAUUCUAUCACGUUAAACGCCUCUACAAACACAUGAUACACAUUGAGAAACCCACAAUGUGUUUUAUUGGCAUUCCGUUUAAUGUUUGUGCGUUUCAAAUGAUGGAUAUUCAAGCACGUUUUUAUUGCCAAUAUCUCAACGGGACGAUGGAGUUGCCACCUAAAGAGUUAAUGUAUAAAGAGGUCGAAGAGGAUUUAGCUAUUCGCAAAGCUAAAGGUUACUCCAAAAGCCAAAUGCAUAAACUGGCAAGAGACCAACAAACGUAUUUCGACAGUUUGGCGGUUAGUGCAAAAAUCACGUCUGUGCUUCCGGUGAUGUGCAAAAUAUGGAACCACGUUGAAACAAGUAUUUUAAGUGAUUUUGGAAGUUUCAGGAAACAAAACUUCACUGUUCUCAAUGAUGAGUCUUUUGUUGUAGAGUGUCAUACAGUUUAGUAUCAAGAAUUGUAAUAAGUCCAUUUUUUUAAUUUUUAUUCGUAUUUUAUUGAAAAUCGCAAAUGAAAUAUGUGAUGAUUUUUGGCAAAUCUGAAUUUUUUAUUAUUUUACAAGGUUAUUUGAAGAUAGCUGCUGCCUUCUACUGUACUUUAUUUUAUUAGCAAUGUUCAUUUUAUGGGUUUGCCGAUCGUACCGGACGCCAGAAUUUUUGCUAAAAGUCUGGAAUUUAUUACUUUGGAUUACCAACUAAUAAGUCAUUUGUGGACUAUCUGGUUCCAACUGACUUUGUUAAAAACCCUAAAAACCAGAGUUGCCUUAAUUAUUAUUGUUUCGAGUACUGAUAAUAGUAGUUAAAAUUCAUCAAUGUUUCUUUGUUCUUUGAUUGCAAUGCAAGAUUUACAUUAUUUUCCUAUUAAUUAUAGCAUAAUUUUUGAGAGUACAAUUUUUUCCGUAAUUCGUAACCUUGAUUCUUUUCCCACACAAGCGACGAUUUCUCUCAAUAGGUGGUGGAGAAGCUCGACCCUUAUCGGUAAAUUUAAAAUUAUUAUUCAAGUUGACUGGACGCCUGCAUUGCGAUUUUUUUCCUGACUGCGGCCAAAAUUGUAAAGCAUUAAAAAAAAAUCAUCGAACUCUUCAUCUCAGGCAGUACCAUUUUUCAUGUCAUGACUAAUUUGUACUGGAAUGGAGUAAGGUCUCAAAUUAUUUUUUUAAUUUUUCCUAACGAGUAAAAAAAUAAAAAAUGUAUCAAGCUAAUUGGUCCUACUUUUCCUUUAAAAAUCGAAUAACGCAUUAUAUCAACAUACGGAAUGAAUUUGAUAGCUUUACAAUUUGCUUAUAUUUUGAGGGGUGAUAAGUAGAGCGCAAGUCGCGCCACAUCCUUUCGACGCCCGGGUGCAUUUUUGAAACUCACCUACUAAUAUACAGGGUGCUCAAAAACUGGCGCACCAACUCAGUGGUACGUUAUUGAGAAGCAACUGCAGAUUACGAGAAAAAUGUUGAAAAAAUUCCUAAAGUCAUAUUUUAAGAAAUCUGGAGCUACAAACUUAUUGUGUUAACAUCUUUAGUUUAUAUUAUUUUUUUAUGUUUUCAUGUUUCAUACCAGGUAAUCGUUCCGUAACAAAACGAUGAAUAAUUAUUUUUAAAUUUACUCUGAGACUUUAACAGUUUUUUUAAUUUAAAAAAAUUAAAAUUCAUCCAAAAAAUCACAAUGUGUAGAUGUGCCAACACUGGGAAUUAUUUCCUAGGAAACCGUUUCAAAAAUAAUUUAUUUUUAUUGUUGCUCAAAUUCUAUUGCGAUCAUGACUGUUAGACAACGUUGCCACAUAUCAUUUAUCUAAAAUCCGUUAUUUAUCAUUAACUUUAAUACAAAGAAUUUUUUUACUAUUUUUACCUUUAUAUGUAACGACUUCUCUACCACACACCAUUGAGUUGGUGCGCCAGUUUUUGAGCACGCUGUAUAGUAACUGUACUAAAGCAAUUUUUUGCACAUUGACUAAAAAUUGCUUAAAAAUCGUUGAGUUUUUUCGAACAUAGAAAAGCUUUUUUUGGCGAUUUUUUUUUGAACAGAACGAAAAGGCACUAAAUUAGUGAAAAAUUACACGUAUUACUUCUCCUUAUUUUCAAGCGUUUUAGCAUGAUUAUGUUGUUCAGCGAGAAAUAAUCAGAAACACAAUUAUUUUGCCAAAUUGAAUAAAAAAAAUUCCGAAAAAUCGAGAAUUAUGUAGCGAAUGGUUUUAUUUUUACUUUCUUGGAUUUAGUUAAAAUGAAACGAAAAGUUACUAAGCUAUGAGUUGAAAAUUUCAAUAUUGUUGCUUUUUUAAACGUUGUUUAACUAGAAACGCGACUAUUUUGAAGAACUUUGUUUCAAAAUAAGCUUAGAAGGCAAUAGCUUCGUGUACAACAAAACAAAAAUACUGAUUUUUUUCAUUUUAGACGUGAGGCAAAACCGAGACAAAAUAACGUCAUGAAUAAUGUGUGGAAAAGUGCAACUUUUCUUAUUUUUUUUUAAAUAUGAUUGAUAAAAUUGUAAAAACAUUAGCUAUUAAUUGUUUGAAGUGCAUAAAUAAUUAUAACAGCUAAUUUUGACAGAAAAUGCGACGUUGGCGUUUUUAUAAUUUUGAGACAGCUAAUAUAUCCAUAUUACUUCAACCAAUAUCACAAGAUUUUGUUAAAAUAAACUAAAAAUCGAGCCAAAAAUCGUGAAAUUAGAUCUGAAAUAUGUCAUUUAAAAUAUUGGGGUAAACUAAAAUGUAAUUAAAAAUUAUAAAACUUUGUUAAAAUAUUAAACUUGAUUGACAAAUAAACGUAAAAGCUAAAUUUGUUUCUGUUUGUUCCGAAUAGCUCAUCAAACUCACCAGUCAUCAAUUUAUUUACAAAAAUUCUAAUAUCUAAUUGUAAAUUCAUAUCUAAAGACCAGCGCAUGUUCCCUUACGUGUUCAAUGUUUUAAUUUGUUAGAUAAUUUUUUUUUGAUCACAUGGUAUUAUUUAUUUUUGCACUUAUUUCUUUAACUACUUAUGUUAAUUGAACCAAUUCUGAGUGAUUUAACACAUUUUUAAGCCAAAAACUUUCUAGGUUCAAAAAAUUUAGUGAAAAAAUUUAAAAAAUCGCCAUAUGAAAUACAUUAUUUGUCAAAUAACUUAGUCAAGUGAUCUAACUAGUGAAUAAACUAAUAUUUGAUUGGUUUUAAUUAUCUAUCCCGUUUCUGCAUUUGAAAUAUUUUACAAAAAGAAACAUCCUCCAGACUAAGAAAUUCUAGAAACAAGAUUUGGGGAUAGAAAGACUCGUGCCUGCUCAAGUAGUAUAGGGACUGUACAGUAGACCAGUACCUACCCUGCGCCAUCUCUUAGGUAUUUGUAAAAAGUAAUAACUUUCUCAAUGUUGUUUUAAAAAAAACUGAUAAGUAAUGGUGAAAUUAAUAAAUAAAUGUUAAAUUAAUUAAUUAAUUAUAAUACAGGGUGUAAGCGAAGUAAGUAAAUUAAUUUUAACCAGUGGUAGAACUCAUCAAGACAAAAACUUUUUCUAUGUACCAUUUCUAUAAAAUCGAAUUUUUUAAAAUCAUUUUCCCUCCUAUAAAUUGACGAGCGUUUUAUUAAGAAAAAUUGUUAGUCUUGACAAGUUAUAUUACCAGUGAAAAUUAAUGUACUUAUUUUAUUUACAGCCUGUAUAUUUUAAAUAGAUUGUAUAAAAGAAAGCAAAGAUAUUAUUAAAAAAAACUUACACCGUACUGAGAAGCAGAUCCAUAGCGAAAACCUCCACCAUGAAUCCACACAAUAACAGGGAGCCCUAAAUUAAAAAUCAAAGACCGUUCAAAUAUUUUCAGCACUGAAUGAACUACUACCUUCCAUUCCUGUGGGAAGACUCGGGGUAAAAACAUUAAGAAAUAAACAAUCCUCUUUCCCUGUGACCUUAUCUUCGCCAGGAACUGGCUGAACACACGGCGGCGGAAACUGCGUGGCAUUUUCUAACCCUUGCAAAAAAUACUGUCGCGGUCU